AGAAAUGGCAGCGCUGAGGCAGGAGCGUCGGUAUGGUCUCUCCUGCGGCAGGAUCAACAAAAACAGCCCGAAUCAAACUCUCUAUCACGUCAAACUCACCGACACCGCCAUCCGGACUCUCGAGUCCUUCCAGAACCUCAAGGCAUCGCUAUCGCAUCAGCCGGCGAUUUGCUUCAAGGGGAGCCAGGGGUACAUAAAGAUUCCGGCGCCGACUCCUGAAUCUCCAGACGCAUUCCGAGUCUUCUCUUUCUACCUGUCCAGCGACAGCAAGGACAAGCCUCAGUCCAGCUUCGACUGUAUCCACCAGUAUGUCUCAGGGGAGGGCAGGGACCACCUGGAGGGCCAGGGCAGCAUUCAGGACAAGAUCACGGUGUGUGCAACAGAUGACUCCUACCAGGCCACACGGGAGCGCAUGUCUCAGGUGGAGAAAGACAUCUGGAGCCGCUCGGCGAUCGAAAUCAAACCCGGGCCAAGCAAGUGUGUGAAGGUCCAGAGGAAGCAGGGUUUGGUAUCAGGCUCAGAUAGCAGCAACAAGCACUCCCCGAGCAACAAGAGGAGCCUGGUUCCCAGCUCGGUGGCACACAGGCCCCUGAGGGACCGCGUCAUUCAUCAGCUGGCCUUAAAACCCUACAGGAAACCCGAGCUGCUACUGUGGUUGGAACGGGAGCGGGCCAGUCCCAAAGAUAAGGCUGACCUGACCUCUGUGCUGGAGGAGGUGGGAAAGCUGAACGCUAAAGACCACAGUUACUCUCUGAAGGACGAGAUGUACAGAUGCGUCCAGAGGGACUGGCCGGGCUACGUGGAGGAGGAGAAGCAACUGUUAUUCCGAAUCCUGACCAGGAAACUCCAGACGCCUCACAAUGGUCCACUGAAAAGCCCCCAACCCCAGCAGUCCUUCCCCAAAAAUCCCGCAGACUCGCCGUCACAGUUCAGCCCUGUGAAGAGCCUCUCAUCGAAGCGACCUUUGCUCCCAGACCCAUCCAACUGUCAGACCCCCAAGAAACAGAGACUGGACCCGAGCGGGCCCUUGCACUCGCCCUCCCACACCGACUCUGCGGUCAACAGGGUGCGCGGCUCCCUCACACCUGGACACACCAGCGUUCCUGUGAAGCCGGAGUCAGACAAAACCAACAAUCAUCUGCAGGGUUGCACAAACGGCCUGUACUCGCCGCACAAACUCAACGGGUCCACCACGGUUCCCAAGCUGGAAAGGCCAGAGCCCCCGGCGGUCCCCAGCCCCAAAACCCCACAGACCAAGCGUUCCAUUUGCACUGAACAGCAGUUCUCAAACGGCCAACACAAGAAGAAGAAGUCCAAGAAGCACAAAGACAAGGAGAGGGAGCGGCUAAAACCGGAGUGGAUCGAGACCAGUCCGGACCUGAAGCAGAACCAGGACAAUAUCAAAGAUCAGAGGGAGGAGAAAAUGCCUCACAGUCAAAGCACACCGGAGGAUCUGCCUGACUAUUUAUUGAAAUACAGCACCAUAACAGGACUGGAGCAGCGGCAAAAGUACAAGGACGACUUCAGUUCAGAGUACGACGAAUACCGAGCCCUACACAACAGGAUCGGGUUGAUCACCGAAAUGUUUGUUCAGUUGGGUUCAAAGAUCAACACUCUCUCGCCUGGAACACAAGAGUACAAGCUAAUGGAAGACCAAAUACUACAGAAGUACCGGAAGUACAAGAAACGGUUUCCUGGCUAUCGGGAAGAAAAGAAACGCUGCGAGUAUCUCCACCAAAAACUGUCGCACAUCAAAGCUCUGAUCACAGACUACGACCAAGCACAGGAAGUGACGUCGUGACCCCAGCGGUUCUUCAGCAGGGUGUUGAAACUGGACCAAAAGACUUAACUAGAGACCCGAGCUCGCCCCCUGCUGGGCUAAGGGGAGGGGGAGGGGGUCACCAAAACACUAUUCACUUUAUCCCUCUGAGUGUUAAUGAAUUUCGGGAGCAAGGUGGGACCACUGACUCGUGAUCAGAACACCACCCCCUUUAACUUUAUGUUUAUAAACGGCUGUCAUGUUUGUUUCUGCUGUAAAACGGUCAGUUGAGCCUGUGAAAACCAAAAUCGUAGUUUUGGGAGUGCAUUUUGUUUUUCAUGAUUUAAGUAUGAAUUGAUGGUACAAUCAAUCACAGGGGAGAUACUGAUGCAUUCACUUGGGAAAAAAAAAUCAUUUUCAGAGAUCAUUUUUAUCUUCUUAUAACAUAAAGGUCCGAAAAAGUACAUCGCUCAAGUCUCAAAAAGCCUUUGCUAAAACGUCGAGAUGAGUGAAAACUCUGACAGCAAACUCAGCUAAAACAUGUUGUCAGGAAAUUGAAUUACGGAGAAAAUAAAAUCCUUUUUUUCAGGUCGAAAAUGACUAAAAUUAAUAAUUCAGAAUAAAAGGUUGUGACUUACUGAACUGAAAAAUCAUUAUUUUAUUCCAUCCCGCAAUGAGGUGCGUGAGAUCAACAGGUCAGUGCAGCUUCUCAAGUCAUGGGGUGAACAGAGCUGAGCUGAAGGUGAAAGCUCUAGAUCCUUUGAGGUGCCUCAAAGGACGAGAGGCAAGAUGCCAAGUGCGUCUGCUCCGCUGGAAGAGACUCAGAGUAGAACACCUCGUCCUCUCCAUAGAGAGAAGUCAGUCUGACCUCUGACAAGUGGAAGAAAAUGGACUAAACUAUUUUUAAAAUCUACAGAAACAGAUGGCAAAAAUAAUCUCUUUAAUUUGCGCCAGUCAGGAAACUUCUGUUUUCCUUUUUUUUUCUCAGGUGAAUGCUCAAACACUCCCAAACUAAAUAUCAAUUACACGGGGCAUCACUCUUCACUCUUGCUUUAAAACCUAACAACAAUAGCCAGUCUUUCUUCCUCACGUCACCGUAGCUGACCGCGAGUUGCCUUCGUCACAAACCUGGUUAUUCUGCCGCCGCACGUGAGGCGACGCAUGAACGAUCCGAAAACCUGAUUUUAUUCAACGUACAGUGUUCGUUUCUCCUCACCAGCCUUCUUGCUUUCCUCUUUCAGAAGUAUUGAUUUAGUUUGACUUUAGUCUUGUGCUUCACGUGCUGCUGCACAGCGUCAACACGGACAGACGCGACGCUAACAAACUCCAGAAAAUAUUUUCUUAACUCACACAACCGAUGUCUUACUCAAUAGCCUUAAACAAGCGAGUUGUAUCUCCAAGUUGAGCAUCGCAGUUUAGUAUUCUUCAAUAUCAACUCAUUUUGCUGCAUCGUGUCUUAAAGUCAGGGGUGUCCGGUGCGACAGUUGUUCAGAACCAAUCCAAGUUUGCCAGUCUCUGCGCCGAUAAAGUCGCUCACAGAUCCUGAGAGGUCGAUUCAACCAGACGCAGUUGCCAUUCAGCGCUAUUAUGCGACGGCAAAAUGCCCUCUUGGCUUGUUGUUUUAGUAAAAUAAACACUUCAAAAGUAUGGAUUAUCAUUGUACAACCGCGGCGUGAAAACGUGAAAGCGGCUAGUCGGCAAGUUAGCGACUUUGAUUUGAAGUUAAAAUUUCCCUUGAAUCCUAGUCAGUUUCCAAAAAUUCACUCAAGUAUUAUGGUCUGCGGAGGCUUCUUUAGAGGUUAGAAUGACAACUGACCAGGCCGAUUAAUCGGAACGCUGCCACCUAGUGUUGAAACAGACACACGCUACAUUCAAAAUCAAGUUGAUUCCUUGUUAUGUGUCUAACCCUGCUGCUCCCAGUGGUCCCACUGGUUUGGACACCCCUGAUCUGUCACUCAAUCCUGUCAAUACAAAGAUCAGUUCACAUUUCAACCGACUCAAAACAUAUCGGACCAUUUCUCACAGAUUUACGUGCGGCACAUACAAGCAUGGGGACCAAGCGUUGGCACAUUUCAAGUGUUGAACUUUCCUAACAAAGCCAGUGUACGUCGAGACAAGCAUGCGUGCGCUAACACUGGCCUUCUGAAGCGCCAGGUGUUUGUUACAAAUGAAGCCCUGCGAGGGCCCAAAUCGACUCGUGUCUAAGGGAAGCGUCCGCCAGCUGUCGGGAGGCGGCGCCACUCUGAACUGUCCGACUUGAUGGGCUCAAUCAAAACGCCAAGACGAAAUUACUUCUGAUCUUAGGAUGAUAAAUUGAAGUUAGUUAAUGUGGGACCAAGCCCUUUGUGUUUGGGGAAAAAAAGGGCUCUGAACCGCGGUGAUGUUUUAUACUGUCGUGAGAGACUGGAAGUGCCUUUUCAGUCGUCGUAACAUUGGAGGUGUGACGGAUGUAAACUACUGUUGCCACUAUUCAAAAGUGCUUUUCUAACGUUGAUUCGUGAUUCAAUGCCUUAUGGGAAUGCAAACGGCAUCGAGGUGGUAUCCUGUAUAACUGGAACGUCUUCACAGUCACAGUGAGUGAACGCCUGGAUUUCAUUUGGACUGUUCGUUGGAUUCGCGUUUAUGGUACUGGUGGAGCGAUUGAUCACUGAGCGAUGUGAAGGUGAACACUUAAUAAAUGCAAUUGA